GAAUUUUUGUGAAUGGCUUGUAUUGUUGGGUCUGGGAGUUCUAGGCGCACGUUGUCCCCGUGUGUCCCCAGCCUGUAUAUUUGAUACAACGCUGACAUGAACACACACGGGAAAUCCAAACAAUGGCGUGGUAUGUGAGACUGUCGCCGACCUGGAAUAGGAUCUCACAGACCAGAAGGCGCUGUACUUGAGGCCACAACAAACUUGACUUCGCCGAUUUCAAGAUGGCGGCGUCCCGUGUGGUCCGCCAGUUGCGGUAUUGCCACGAGAGCCCUGACCAGUACAAGCUUUGUGACAACCAGAUCUGUGUGCCAGUCAACCGAGACUGCCCGUGUGACCUGGAGCAGUUCCAGUGUCUAGACGGCCGCUGUCUACAUCCCAGUCUACUGUGUGACGGCAACUUAGACUGCAGCAACGGCGAGGAUGAAACCAUAUGUAAAUCUUCUCCCGCAUCCGAUAAAGAUGCUAGUCCCCCAACCUCGGUGAUAGCGGGCGUGUGCAUCGCCAUCAUUGUCGUCACCCUCGCCGUCAUAAUGGUGCUGGUGUUCCUCAGACGACGGCGGCUGCGGGCCCUGCAUCGGGAGUCAGGUUCGGAACCCCUUCAAAGCGGCGUGUCCAGCAGCGACCCCUCCACCGAGACUGAACACACCAGCGACAGCGACGCCUAUAGACUCGCUCCUAAAGACGACAUAGAUGACUUUUCAGAUUUCGCUGAUGCGCUGUGUACUUCAACUCCUAGACCGGAUAUCCGGCGGCAAGUAAAUCCGGGUCAAGGUCGUCAAGGGGCGAUGAAAGCGUCAAUGCUGAUGUCAGUGACGUGACGAAUCGUAACACUGGCUUAGAUCGGAUUGCUGUCUUUUGAUAUAUAAUUUCAAGUGAUAUUAUUCUGUGACCUGACAAAUACCCAAUAGUGACCAAUGCUGUCCUGUCUUAGGACAUAGGCGGUGCUGCUGUUUGACUCGCUUUUUCAAAGAGAGCCUGACAACAUGUAUAAAGGUCAUCUGUGGUCAAGCAAAGUGCGAUGAAAUUUAACGGAACGAUUAUGCUGUGUUUCCCCAGAUGGAACCCCAUACCUGGUGGUCUCCGCCUUGAUACCGCUGGACUAUUGCCAGAACGGCAUCAAAUCAUACUCACCCAUUGUUCUGGUAUUCUGUACAUCUCUUUCCAGUAUCAUUACGUGAUAUCAAUUGUUCUACUCGAGUGCUAUAUUUCGUUAUGUUUUUGCAGAAUAAUAACUUUCUUGAAUACGUGAUGUUCAGUAUAAAACUAAAUAUGAGAAGACCAUGGACGAGUUAAGUGAUUUCUAUUGCCAGUCGUGUGGAGCAUGUGUUCUCAUGUAUGUACAUAUUCACUGUAAACGAGAAAUGUUCAAUGGCCAAGCUCAGUGGUAUACAAUUGUGCUACUUCAAUGUUUGAAGAUCAAAUGUUUGAUUUACACUAAACAUCAAUCAACGACCAAUACGUUUCUUCGCAAAAUGAGUCCAAUCAGGACAUAUACAAAGUCUAUGACGUCAAACGUUUGUUCUCGCUCAAUCUUGAUGUUGACCGAGAGACCAAUGUGUAAAGAUUUUGAUACUGCUGUAUAUUUUUGUUUACAAAACUAAAAACAAAUAAACUGUUGAUAUUCAACAUG